AUGAGCGAGACGUGCAAAUACUGUGACUCCUAUUUUGACAUUUCUCAGGACGAGAACCGCUCAUACAAGUUCCGUCGUGCAAUCGUUAGACCAGUUGAGGCUUACGUAGUUGGCGCAGAUGCGGGUUGCUGGCACUGCGUUGCCCUCGUCCAAUUCUUCAAGGAAAAGGAAAACAAGAAGGGCUACAUCUACUACAGCAAUCAGCAAGGCCUUGGAAUAUUUUCACAAACUGUCCCAGAUGAUACUUUCGAUGGGAAAUACCUCCCUGAUAUCGAUAUGAACGUCUACCGGGUGACUGUCCAAGGCACUCCAAGCGCAGAGCCAAAGUUGGCACCGAAUAAUAACAUCCCGGUUUCCUCAAAGUCUGAUGAGUGCUUUCUGUGGAUUAAGGAGCGGUUGCACGAAUGUGAAACCGCGCAUGAUUGCUGGGACUCCUCAGACUUGAAAACACCAAAGCGCCUUCUCGAGAUAAGCGACGACAAACUCAUCCUUCGAACCAACAUCUUCAAAGAAAAGUACGCAACGCUUAGUCACUGCUGGGGAACACCGAGCUCAGCUAGCAUCAAGCUACUCAAGAGCACCUCUAGCAAUUUUACCCAUGAUGGCAUCGCACUUGGUGACCUUUCAUUAACCUUUCGAGACGCUGCCGAUGUCUGCAAGAGACUCGGCAUCCAGUAUAUUUGGAUUGACUCCUUGUGCAUUAUGCAAGAUGAUCCUCAAGAUUGGUUAGAGGAGUCUACCCGCAUGGCGGACAUAUACGCAAAUGCCUUCAUCGGAUUGUUCGCCGGUCAUGCGAAAGAUGGUAAUGGCGGCCUUUACUCCAAUCGCUACAAUCCCGAACCGUUCUUGAGGGCGGAAAAGGUGGUCGUCAAGGACGACUGUGGCCAAGAGAUAGCCAUGUGCAUUCAGCAACAGCGCCUGAUUGGACAUGAUCUGACCUUCAAUUUCGACUUGUUCCCCGACUUGCCUUCGUACGAGUGUCGUCAGCUACCCACUGUGACAGAACCACUCUAUCAGAGGGGUUGGGUCUUCCAAGAGCUCCAUCUCUCACCACGUGCAAUCCUCUUCAACAGCAGAGAGCUCAUAUGGGUGUGCAACCAGGACACGCAGUGCGAAUGUGGCGAGACGACAAAGAACAGCUUUGCCACAAAGUAUUUCUUCACCCAUGUCCCCAAGACUGCUGACUACCCGGGUGCAGUCAAGGGAGACCUCUUCUAUAAGCACGGCAUGAGGAACUGGGCACAUCUGGUCCACCGAUACUUUCGGCUAGGACUCACAUUCGAGAAAGAUCGCCUGCCCGCGCUAUCUGGAAUGGCCAAAGCUUUCCAAACAACGGGCAGUGCUGAAAUGAAGAAUGACAUGUACCUGGCAGGAAUUUGGAAGAGCAUGUUGCCCGAAGCCCUAAUGUGGAGAGCAGUGGACGGUCCUCCAAGCGGUCCCGUCCAACGAUGCAGAUUCAGAAAACCUGUCGCGGCAAGAGGGCCGCCAACUUGGUCGUGGAUGUGCUGCGACUUUACAGUGCACUGGCAAAAUACAUAUUUUGGCUCAGACUAUCUAGUUACGGUUGACGAUGCGCGAGUUGAACUUGGCAGCAUCGACAGAGCAGGCGAAGUUGCCAAGGGACACAUCGUUCUUCGCGCCGUCCACAUCGAAGAGGUUGCGAUAAUAUACCCUGACGAUCCGGGUUUCAGAACGAGCGAGUAUGCCUUGCGAGAUGACUAUAUCCGCAAUAGUAGUACAGAAGAGCUUGUCAGUCUAAAGGAUAAGGACUGUCGCUUUUCGUUCCUACCAGACUAUGACUUCACCGACAAGAGUCUUGGGGGGUUGUACAUCCCGCUAUCGGAGACGCUCUACUGCAUGCCUGUUAUUGGUAUGGAUGGAUACUGGCCCUUCUCGGAGACUUCUCUUGUCUUGAGACGGCAUUCAAGAAGUGAAGAGUUUGAAGACACACCUGACGUGACUCAUGUGUAUGAAAGAGUUGGUAUCUGCGACGGUCAGAUUAUGUAUUCGGUCAAGAGUAAGAAAUAUGUGCAUCAGGUAGUCUUGGUUUGA